AUACAUCUCAAAAACCUAGCGCUCUUUUUUUUAUUUAUCUGCUUCGCUCUCCCUCGCAACCCACACCCUAAGCAAUGGCCACCGCCGCCGCGCGCCCCCUUGUUUCCGUCCAGACCAUAGAGUCCGACAUGGCUACUGAUGCCACCCCAACUGUUCCUCUUGCUGAUGUCAUGAAAGCCUCUAUCCGACCCGACAUCGUCACCUUCGUCCACGACAACAUCUCCAAAAACAGCCGCCAACCCUAUGCCGUCUCCAAACGCGCCGGUCACCAGACUUCAGCUGAAUCCUGGGGUACUGGUCGUGCUGUCUCGCGGAUUCCCCGUGUUCCUGGCGGUGGUACUCACCGUGCAGGGCAAGGUGCUUUCGGAAACAUGUGUCGCGGUGGACGCAUGUUUGCUCCCACCAAGAUCUGGCGCCGUUGGCACCGGAAAAUCAAUGUUAACCAGAAGCGUUAUGCCGUUGCCUCCGCUAUCGCCGCCACCGCUGUUCCCUCCCUCGUCAUGGCACGUGGCCACCGCAUCGAGGCUGUCCCGGAGAUGCCGCUUGUCAUUUCUGAUGCUGUGGAGAGCGUGGAGAAAACCUCGGGUGCAAUUAAGGUUUUGAAACAGGUCGGAGCAUAUCCCGAUGUUGAAAAAGCUAAGGACAGCCAGGGGAUCCGACCCGGAAAAGGAAAAAUGAGGAACCGGAGGUACAUUUCCCGUAAAGGUCCAUUGAUUGUGUACGGAACUGAGGGAGCUAAGCUCGUCAAAGCCUUCCGUAACAUUCCCGGAGUCGAAGUUGCUAACGUUGAGAGGCUUAAUCUGUUGAAACUGGCACCUGGUGGGCACCUUGGUAGGUUCGUCAUUUGGACCAAAUCGGCUUAUGAGAAGCUCGACUCGAUUUAUGGUACUUUCGAUAAGCCUUCCGAGAAGAAGAAAGGGUACGUGCUACCUCGAUCUAAGAUGGUCAAUGCUGAUCUGGGUAGGAUCAUCAACUCUGAUGAGGUUCAGUCAGUUGUGAAGCCAAUUAAGAAGGAUAUCAAGAGGGCACCUAUGAAGAAGAACCCACUUAAGAACUUGAAUGCUAUGCUGAAGUUGAACCCGUAUGCCAAGACUGCAAAGAGGAUGUCUCUUUUAGCUGAGGCACAACGUGUUAAGGCUAAAAAGGAGAAGCUUGACAAGAAGAGGAAACCCAUCACUAAGGAGGAGGCAACAGCAAUUAAGGCAGCAGGCAAAGCAUGGUAUCAGACAAUGAUCUCAGACAGCGAUUACACCGAGUUUGAGAACUUCUCUAAGUGGCUGGGUGUGUCUCAGUAAUUUUAGUUUUUUUGCUCGAGUAAUAUGACUAUAUGAGAGAACUUGAAAUGUUUGUUUUAAACUUUUGUUUUAAUGUUAUGUCAUUUUGCUGUUUUGAGUAUGUGUUGGUGGAAGGGAAAUUGGUGGAAUAUCAUGCUCCUAUACUCUGUAUUGCCCUCCCUCCCUGUUUACGCAUUCUAUGGCUAAUGGAAUAGUAUCUAUAAUAUGGGAACAUUAAUUUAUUUA